GUAGUCGGGGACGCCGGGCCGCGGCUUUGCUAGGGAACCGACUGUUAUCGCCCCGCCCCCUCGGGGCUUUUUGUCCCGUUAACUGUCCGAGUGGCUGGGGCUCCGGCGCCGGGCGACAUGCCGGUGCGCUUCAAGGGACUGAGUGAAUACCAGAGGAAUUUCCUGUGGAAAAAGUCUUAUUUGUCAGAAUCUUGUAAUUCCUCCGUGGGGCGAAAGUACCCGUGGGCUGGACUUAGAUCGGAUCAGUUAGGGAUCGUGAAAGAGCCAAGUUUUAUUUCAAAAAGAAGAGUCCCUUACCAUGACCCACAGAUUUCAAAAUCUCUUGAGUGGAAUGGAGCUAACUCAGAGAGCAAUGUGGUUGUAUCACCAGAACCAGAAGCCCUGGAAACACCAAAAUCACAAGAAGCAGAACAAAAGAAUGUUGCUCAAAACAGAGUUCACUCACUAGAAGCUUCCAGGGUUCCCAAAAGAACCAGAUCUCACUCUGCAGACUCCAGAGCUGAAGGCGCCUCCGAUGUUGUGGAAAAUAAGGAGAGUGUAGCAAAUCAUAAACCAGUUAAUGAAAAUGUGGAACUGGAACAGUCUGUCAACGUUCUUUCGGAAAAUGUAGAUAAUGGGUUGGAUAGACUUCUACGUAAGAAAGCUGGAUUGACUGUUGUUCCUUCAAAUAAUGCCUUGAGAAAUUCUGAAUAUCAAAGGCAGUUUGUUUGGAAGACUUCUAAAGAAACUGCUCCAGCUUUUGCAGCCAAUCAGGCUACUGAUGAUCAUUGUUGCCAGAUGCAUCACAUAUACUAAAUAUGAGACAGGGUAAUGAAAACUUGGGGAACUGGUUUUCCACAAUAAAAGCCAGUUUGUUCAGCCAUUCAAAAGUAACUCAAUCAUCCAUGAAACUGAAUACAAAAGAAAUUUCAAGGGUUUAUCUCCAGUGAAAGAACCAAAAUUAAGAAGUGAUUUGAGAGAAAACAGAAAUCUUGAAACAGUAUCUCCUGAAAAGAAGUGUAAUAAAAUAGACGAUCCUUUAAAAUUGGAAGCAGAGAUGGAAUUGAAAGACUUACACCAGCCUAAAAAGAAGCUUACUCCUUGGAAACAUCAAAGGCUCGGGAAGGUGAAUUCUGAAUAUAGAGCAAAAUUUCUCAGCCCAGCUCAGUAUUUAUAUAAAGCUGGGGCUUGGACACGUGUGAAGGGAAGCAUGCCAAAUCAGGGUUCUGUAAAUGCCAUGUGGUAUGCCGAGGUUAAAGAACUCCGAGAAAAGGCUGAGUUUUAUAGGAAGCGAGUUCAGGGGACACAUUUUUCUCGGGACCAUCUGAAUCAGAUUCUGUCUGAUAGCAACUGCUGUUGGGAUGUCUCCUCAACCACAAGCUCAGAAGGAACUGUUAGUAGCAACAUCAGAGCAUUAGAUCUUGCUGGAGACCCUAGAAGCCAUAAGACUUUGCAGAAAUGUCCUUCUACAGAACCAGAAGAAAAAAGAGGUAUCAUUGAAGAACAGCCCCAGAAAAAUACCAUGGAGAAAUUGGGCAUGUCAGCUCCCACCAUACCUGUUAGAAGGCGGCUGGCGUGGGAUGCAGAGAACACCAGUGAAGAUGGACAGAAACAGCCCAGGGAGAAAGAGGAGGAGAAGGAGGAGGAGGAGGAGGAAGAGGACAGGAAAAUGGGCAAGCAGGCUUAUAUAGGAGAGCAAGAGCAGUUGGAUGUACAUGAGAAAUCUAAGGCAGAGAAGAUGAAAGAAGGGUCAGAUUCUUCUUCUGUAUCCUCAGAAAAAGGAGGCCGGCUUCCUACUCCCAAGCUGAGAGAACUUGGUGGAAUCCAGAGGACUCAUCAUGAUCUCACUACUCCAGCUGUUGGUGGUGCUGUUUUAGUGUCUCCAUCUAAGAUGAAGCCUCCAGCCACAGAACAGAGGAAAAGAAUGACCUCUCAGGAUUGUUUAGAAACUUCAGAGAAUGAAUUUACUAAGAGAGAAAAUCGUGCAAUAUCCCUAUUGACUUCUCCAGCUGCUGGUAUAAAAACAGUUGAUCCUCUGCCUUUGCGGGAAGAUUCUGAAGACAGUAUCCCCAAAUUUGCUGAGGCAACUCUUCCAGCUUCAAAAAUUCCAGAACACCCAACAAAUAUCCCUGGACAGUCGCCUUCUCCACUGCAUGUUCCAUCCUACUGGCAUCCCUCUCGUCGAAUUCAGGGCUCUCUUAGAGAUCCAGAGUUUCAGCACAAUGUGGGAAAAGCAAGGAUGAACAAUUUGCAGUUACCUCAGCAGGAAGCCUUUAAUGAUGAAGAUGAGGACAGAUUGUCUCAGAUUUCUGCUCGCUCUGCAGCUUCUAGUCUUCGGGCAUUUCAAACUCUGGCUCGAGCUAAGAAACGGAAGGAGAAUUUCUGGGGUAAAACAUAAACCUAGUUGAUUUGCCUUUAAGGAACCACUGGCAUAAUUUUUCUUUAUUGCUGAUUGUGUUAAAACUUUUUGAGUGUUUGAAUUUUUUCCCAACAUUUCCUACUUUGAAAUAUUUAAUUUCCAAUAGAACAGUUUACUUGGAGAUUUUUAACAUAGGCUUAUAAAGAUUAAUUUUUAAAGAAUUUCUUUUACAUCUGUCUAUCCCAGAGUACAAACACAUAGAUGAUUGAUUUUUUUCACAUGUUGUAACUUUUAUAAUAGGUGUCAUGGAUAAAAUUUCACCUAUCCAGAGAAUAUUUCUAAAAAGAUAAACACAGUGAAGUAAAAGUUGAGAUCCCAGUGUGAAGUAUAUUUUCACCUAUGGUUGGAUAUAUAUAUAUGUAUCUUUAUAAUUGAUGAUGUCAUAAAAUGAAUUUGUUGUUUCUUUAACCUUUGCUGUAGUGUUUCUUUUUAUUUUAGUUCCUUCUAUACGUGUUUGCAGUGUUAAUUGUACUUUGAAAAUACCAACUGUAUAUAUUUUUCUUAUUUAUGUAACAAAGUUUGCUGAAAGAUAUGUAUAUUUUUGAUCUUUGAGUGUAUUCUAUUUGUAUGAGGACUUUGGCUUACAUUUGAAUAAUGUCUAGAUUUUGAAAAAUUACUUGUAUAAUGGAGAAUUAAAAUUUUGUAGACAUUUUGAAAUAAAAAUUGAUCAAGUG